UCGGGAUUCGGACUCGUCGUCAAACCGCUCUGGGGAAUUCUGAUGGUCCUUUCGAAACUACGAACAACUGGCAGGCCACACCGCCGCACGCAGAGUGUGCCGAAGCGAUGUAUCUUCCGUCGCUAAUUAACGAGGAAUGAUACAUGCGAUCCGCUUCGAGCAUGACUCCUGAGCGUGGGUAUGGCGAGCUCGGGGUGGGUGUGAUGCGGUGAUGCGUCUGGCCUCGUUUGCUACCGAGGUCGACGUGUGUAAGGCAACAGAAUAGGGAUGUAGGUAUAUCCAUAUAAACAUGAAUAGGAGUAGAAAGCAUAUAUAAAUCCCAGACUGCUGCUAUUCUCUCCCAUCACCAUCACCACCACCAUCAUCUCCUCUCGACUCAUUCUCAGAAGCACCUAGACACAUAACUCAACAAAUAGGGGCAUAUCAUACAAGUCCCAUCCUACCGCAAUACCUACCACCAACCCAAAACACCACACCACACCACACCCCCAGCCAAAAUGGUCAAAGUCCUCGUCCUCGCCGCAACAGGCAAACAAGGCGGCGCCACCGCCCGCGCGCUCCUCGCCUCCAAAAGCCACCAACACUCCGUGCGCGCCCUAGUCCGCGACGCCUCCUCCCCCAAGGCCCAAGCCCUCGCCGCCCUGGGCGCCGAAGUCGUCGUCGGCGGCGACUGGGCGACGGACGUAGCGGCGCUGGACGCGGCGUUCGCGGGGGGCGUCGAGGCGGUCUUCUUCCCGUCGAUCCCGUCGUUUACGGACGUCGAGGUCGAGCUUAAGGGCGCGACUAACGUCGUCGAGGCGGCGAGGCGCGCGGGUACCGUGCGCCAUGUGCUGUAUAGUAGCGUGGGCGGCUUGGAUAGGUACCGGACGCUUAAGGGCUGGGAUCGCACGCCUUUCUUUGCGAAUUAUUGGAUCGCUAAGGAAAAGACCGAAGACCUCGUUAGGAACGGCGGCUUCGAGCACUAUACCAUUCUGCGCCCGACUGAGUUCAUGUCCAACUACACCGGCGAACUAGCGCACUUCCAGGUCCCCGAUCUAAUCAAAGAAGGCGUCCUCCACACCGCCCUCCCCGCCUCCUACACCCUCAGCGAGAUCGACGUCGACGACAUCGGGCGCGUGGCCGCCGCAUCCAUCGCCUCGCCCGGGACCUUCGCCUCCGGCCGGCGGGAGCUGCACCUGACGGGCGAGGUACUCACGCUGGGCUCGAUCGUGGCGCAGCUCGGCGCCGCGCUGGGCAAGAAGCUGCGCGUGAGCACGUGGACGCGGGAGGAGGCCCUCGAGGCCCUCAAGACGAGGGAGAUCGUCGCGGGCCAGCUCAUGAGGCUGGACUCCGACUGGCCGAACCCGCCGGCGGACGAUUUCGGCCUCGGGUUCAAGACGUUUAGGCAGCAUUUGGAGGAGCAUAGGGACGAGAUUAAGGAGCUGUAUAAGGCGGUGCCUUAGGUUGGUUGGUUGGUUGGUUGGUUGGUUGCUGAUGUGGUGUUGGUAAGAUGUGAGGGGACAGAGAUUGUUGAUUGUUUAAGGGGUAAGGGAGUAAGGACCCCGACUAUAAUAGUGCUAUAGAUUGGACAUUUGAUAACUACUAUUAUUAUAUUUAGUUUCUUUUCGGUGUUAGAAUGAAUAUAUUGGGUCAAGUAGCUGAAUUCCUUUCUCUUUCCUUCAGCGAUAUCAUGUACCUAGGGC